AUGGCUGCAUCCCUGGACCCUCAGACCGACGCGCCCCUGGAGGUUGAAGGAUGCCUCAUAAUGAAGGUGGAAAAGGAGCCCGAGUGGAUAUCGGAGCCCAUUCUGGAAGGAUCGGAUAGCUCUGAGUCCGAGACCUUUCGCAGAUGCUUCAGGCAAUUCUGUUAUGAGGAUGUGACUGGACCCCAUGAAGCUUUCAGUAAACUCUGGGAACUUUGCUGCCGGUGGCUGAAGCCAGAAAUGCGUUCCAAGGAACAGAUCCUGGAGCUGCUGGUGAUUGAGCAGUUUCUCACCAUUUUACCGGAGAAGAUUCAGCGGUGGGCACAGAAACAGUGUCCGGAAAGUGGAGAGGAGGCGGUGGCCCUGGUUAUACAUUUGGAGAAAGAGACUGGAGGACUAAGACAGCAGGUUAGCAGUCCUGUGCACUCGGAGAAGCAAGCCCCCCUUGGAGCAGCCUGGGAGGUGGCAGACUUUCAGCCAGAGCCAGUGGAGGCCCAACCCAGAGUGACGUCUCAGGAGGAAGCUGAAAGCCUCCACUCAGGACGCCAGGAGCAGCCGAACCGAAAGAGAGAGCUUCGACCCUUACCUCAAAAUGCUUGGCCUUCUCCCUGGGUUCCUUCUCCUGCUAAUGAAUGGAACACCAUAGAUCAGGAAGUAACAGCCACACGAGUUCCUGUCAGGUCCCAGGGACCAGUGAAAGAUGUCCACACGGCAAGAGGUUUUUCCUACAAAAAGAGUGUGCAUCAGAUUCCUGCUCACAAAGACCUCUACCGGGAUAUUAGAAAGGAGAGUGUUGGGAACAUGGUCUCCCUGGGAAGCACAGCGUCUGCAGCUAACAAGAUAGCCCGGCUGGAGCCGAGAAAGGAGCCAUGGACCAUAGGUCUGCAGUCCUCUAAUAAGAGGACUGUCCUGCGAAGCAACUACAUCAAGGAAAAGUCAGUUCAUGCUAUUCAGAUCCCUGCAAGGAAUGCAGGGAAAACAUGGAGAGAGCAGCAGCAGUGGGGUCUGGAAGAUGAAAAAAUAGCAGGCGUGCAUUGGAGUUACGAGGAAACUAAGACUUUUCUUGCAAUUCUCAAAGAGUCUCGCUUUUAUGAAACACUUCAGGCUUGUCCCCGAAACAGCCAGGUAUAUGGUGCUGUGGCUGAAUGGUUGCGAGAAUGUGGCUUCCUCCGAACACCAGAACAAUGUCGGACCAAGUUCAAAAGUCUGCAGAAGAGUUACCGAAAAGUGAGAAAUGGCCACGUGCUAGAACCCUGUGCUUUCUUUGAGGACAUGGACGCUUUGUUGAAUCCUUCAGCUCAUGCUUCAUCCACGGAUAAGCCAAGGGAGAUUCUGUCUCUCCCCAGACUGAAGAGAAUUGGCAUCAGUGCUAAAGAACAGAUCAAUUUGGUGGAGGAGGAAGAAGCUGCAGAGGAGUCUGAUGGUGAUGAAAUGGGCGUUGAGUUUAUCCGGAAGCCUGAGCUUCAUGGUGCCCCUGUCAUAUUUCAAAACCUGAGUGGUGUGCACUGGGGCUAUGAGGAAACCAAGACUUUCCUUGACAUCCUCCAUGAGACUCGGUUUUACGAAGCACUGCAAGCCUGUCAUCGGAAGAGCAAGUUGUAUGGGGCCGUGGCUGAGCAGCUGCGUGAGUGUGGCUUCCUCCGAACUCCGGAACAGUGCCGGACCAAGUUCAAAAGCCUUCAGAAGAGUUACCGCAAAGUGAAAAAUGGUCAUGUGCUAGAGUCCUGCGCAUUCUACAAGGAGAUGGAUGCUCUGAUUAACUCGCGGGCAUCUACUGCUCCCACCAGCUCCCCAGAAGAAGCCCCAUCACCCUCAGUUCAAGAAAGAGAGGACAUGGAAAUUGAACCCCAGGAACCUACGGUCUGGGAACCUGAGGAGGACUCCCAGGAGGCUCUUGUUGAAGACUCUGGCAGUGAGAGAAUGAGUGAGGAAGAAAUCAUGCAAGAACCAGAAUUCCAGGGACCUCCAGGUUUACUGCAAAGCCCAAGUGAUUUUGAAAUUGAAAGUAGUAUCAAGGAAGAUGCAACACGGGUGAUCUGUAAGGACAUGGAGCAGCAUAGGGCAUUCAUAGAAAAGUCUAAAAGAGUCAUUUCCCAGAAUGUUGAUCCAGGUAAAUAUCAUAAAAGGGAUUGCAUCUCAGGAAGACAGUGGGAAAACCCUCAUGGAAUCCGACAGGGAAAACUGAUGCCUCAGCCUCGAGAUUUGGGGAAAGCCAUAGUGCAUCAGAGGCCUCUCGUGGGGAAGAGGCCCUUCCGGCUCCUCAGAUAUGGAGAAAGCUUUGGAAGGAGUCCGCGUCUCAUGUGCCGCAUGACCCACCAGAAGGAAAACCCUUCUAAGUGUAGUGUCUGUGGGAAGUGCUUCGGUAGAAGCAGGAGUCUAGUCCGACACCAAAGAAUCCACACGGGAGAAAAACCUUUCAAAUGUCUUGACUGUGGGAAAAGCUUUAAUGACUCCUCCAACUUUGGUGCCCACCAGAGAAUUCACACAGGAGAGAAACCCUACAGAUGUGGAGAGUGUGGGAAAUGCUUCAGCCAGAGCUCAAGUCUCAUUAUACACCAGAGAACCCACACUGGAGAGAAGCCCUACCAGUGCGGAGAGUGCGGGAGGAGCUUCACCAACAGCUCGCACUUCAGCGCCCACCAGAGAGUCCACACCGGCGAGAAUCCCUACAAGUGUGUGGACUGUGAGAAAAGUUUCAAUAACUGUACGAGAUUUCGCGAGCAUCGGCGAGUACACACCGGGGAGAAGCCCUACGGGUGCAUCCAGUGUGGCAGACGUUUCAGCAAGAGUUCUGUGCUCACCAAACAUCGGGAGGCUCAUGUGAGAGAAAAGCUGCUGCCACCCCCGCCAGCAUUCUGCUCCCCGGAGAACCCCCUCAAGGGCAAGACUGAUGAAUUCAGGCAGACUUUAUGA